CGCACUUCCGGCGGAGGGUCUCAAGCUUUCCCUGGUGUCGGCGGCAGGUGGAAUUUCCACGCUUAAUCUGCGCCUGCGCCGCGCGGGAUUCGCGGUCUGAGCAGAAGAGGUUCGCGGUCCGGUUUCACUUCUCCGAACCCCGAGGCAGUGUGUGAAGCUGGGACGCCAGCCAUGUUCCAGACCGCUUGGCGCCAGGGGAUGAGGCCAGAACUGAGAAGGAAGGAUUAACUCCAAAGGAGCAUGUGUCCAAAGAAACAGAGUCCUUCAGACUGAUGGUGGGGGAGCUGCCAGGGAAUGUUUCCCAGCACCUUGACUUUGGGAGCAGCCUAGAGCAGCCCCAAGGUCAUUGGAUAAUUAAGACAAAGUCAAAGAGGAGACAUUUCACAGAUACCUCAGCCAGGCACCAUGAGGCUUAUGCAGUCAAUAAUGGAGAGAAGUUUGAGAAAUUAGGAAAAACUAUUAGUGUCAGCAUACAACUCACUACGAAUCAGACAAUUCCUAGUGGUCAGAUAUCUUAUGAAUGUGGACAAUGUGGCAGAUAUUUCAUUCGAAUGGCAGACUUCCACCGACAUCAGAAAUGUCACACUGGUGAAAAGUCUUUUGAAUGCAAAGAAUGUGGAAAAGACUUCAGAUAUAACUCAUUACUUAUUCGGCAUCAGAUAAUUCACACUGGAAAGAAACCAUUUAAAUGUAAAGAAUGUGGAAAAGGUUUAAGUUCAGACACAGCCUUGAUUCAGCAUCAGAGAAUCCACACUGGAGAAAAGCCCUAUGAAUGUAAGGAGUGCAGCAAGGCCUUCAGUAGCAGCUCUGUCUUCCUCCAGCACCAGAGGUUCCACACUGGGGAGAAGCUCUAUGAAUGUAACGAAUGUUGGAAAACUUUCAGUUGUAGCUCAAGUUUCACUGUCCAUCAGCGAAUGCAUACUGGGGAGAAACCUUAUGAAUGUAAAGAGUGUGGAAAACGAUUAAGCUCCAACACAGCCUUGACUCAGCAUCAGCGAAUUCACACUGGGGAGAAGCCCUUUGAAUGUAAGGAGUGUGGGAAGGCAUUCAAUCAGAAAAUAACCCUGAUUCAGCACCAGCGAGUUCACACUGGCGAGAAACCUUAUGAGUGUAAAGUGUGUGGUAAAACCUUCAGCUGGUGUGGAAGAUUCAUUCUGCAUCAGAAGCUACACACUCAGAAGACACCUGUCCAAGCAUAGGGCUAUCCAUAGUUAGGCCCACUGUGCAUCUCCUUUUUUCUCUUUAUUUUCAUGCUUUUUAUCAGUGUCCUCGCUGUCCUUCCUGUGUAGAUACUUGGCUUUCAUCAUGAAAUCUUCCUUAAGUUUUUUGAACCUGUUUCUCCAACAUGAAGUCUGUUUAUGGUUAGAAAAGACCAAAAAACAAGCAAACUUAGAAACAUAAAAGGAAAUGUAAGGUCCCAGAUUUAAAUGAUAUGCUGGGUGCCCAGCAGGAUGGAUUCAAGGGAAACCUACAUUAAGGAAAAUUGCUGUGAAUUAUGAAAACACCAAGUGUGAAUAAGAGGAUCAUGGAGACCCUAAAAGGUUUCUAGAGAGAGAAAACAAAAGAUCAGAAAUGAAAAUGGGGCUGGGCGCGGUGGCUCAUGCCUGUAAUCCCAGCACUUUGCAGCACUUUGGGAGACCAAGGUGGGCGGAUCCUGAGGUCAGGAGUUCGAGACCAGCCUGCCCAAUAUGGUGAAACCCCGUCUCUCCUGAAAAAAAAAAAAUACAAUAAUUAGCCAGGCGUGGUGGCACAUGCCUGUAAUCCCAGCUACUUGAGAGGCUGAGGCAGGAGAAUCACUUGAAUCCCUGAGGCAGAGGUUGCAGUGAGCCGAGAUGGCACCACUGUACUCCAGCCUGGGCGACAGAGUGAGACUUUGUCUCAAAAACAAUAAAAAAUGAAAAUGGCAUUAGAUUUUUCAACAGCAACCUUCAAAGUCAGAUGACAAUGUGUAUGCCUUCAGACUUCUCAUGGAAAAUGUCUUCCCCUGCAAUUCUGUACUCCGAAGUAUAAGUAUAGAAUAAAGGCAUUUCAGACCCUUUAAA